CUGGCUGGCUAGCGAGAUAAAUUAAUCUCGAUCUAAUUUGCUAGUCUUCGAUAUGUCGCGUAACUACUUACAGUCUUUGCCUGCCUUUUUAACGGUCUAGGUAUUUAUAUAGAAAUGUUGAGUCUUCUUGACUUGCCUAUAUGUCCUUUCAAUUUGCCGUAAACCAGCUGGGGAGACAACCCUACCAAUGGCCCAAGUAGCCUAUGGCUAUAUCUACACCUACUUGGUGGAAUCUCCAGAUACAACGGUGACAAGACACGGCCAUGGAUACCACUGUGAAUUCAGAAAUAAAUUCAGAGAAAUCUCACCUCGUUAGCGAGAAGAAUGCCAAAAUGUAUUCACUGAAAAGUUCCUUUCCAGACUCCAAAGAAGACUAUCCCAACUUCCCGUUUGAAAACGGAGAUGUGACUGGUGCCAUGAAGCUGAAGAAGCAGCCUGUUGGUGCCCAUUGCCAUGGUAACAAAGCAGUGAGUGAGGAGAACCAUGACAAGCUGCUGGCUAAGAAGAAGCUGUACAUCGCCUCCAUUGUGUGCCUCAUCUUCAUGAUCGGAGAGGUCAUAGGGGGCUACCUGGCGCACAGUUUGGCCAUCAUGACAGAUGCAGCUCACCUCCUGACUGACUUUGGCAGCAUGAUGGUCAGUCUCUUCUCCCUGUGGAUCUCCUCCAGACCGCCCACCAAAACCAUGACCUUUGGGUGGCACCGCUCAGAGAUCCUAGGAGCCCUGGUGUCAGUGAUGUCCAUCUGGAUAGUGACUGGGGUGCUGGUGUACCUGGCCAUCGAGAGGAUAGUCAGGAACGACUAUGAGAUCAACAGUCAAGCGAUGCUCAUCACCUCUGGCUGUGCCGUCAUAGUAAACAUCAUCAUGGCGUACAUCCUCCACCACUCUACCACCUUCCAUGCCCAAGGCUCAGGCUACCAGCAGAUAGACGAGAAUGGGCAGAGCCCUGUGGGUCACAGCCACUCCCAUGUGGGUCACGGCCACUCCCAUGCCCUUCUGGGUCAUGGCCAUGGCAACACCAGUGUGAGAGCAGCCUUCAUUCAUGUGUUGGGAGACCUCCUACAGAGUGUUGGGGUCCUAGUGGCUGCCAUUGUCAUCUUCUUCAGGCCUGAAUACAAAGUAGCAGAUCCCAUUUGUACUUUCCUCUUCUCCGUGUUUGUCCUGGGGACCACGAUCACCAUCCUCAGGGAUGUCUUCAGGAUACUCAUGGAAGGGGCUCCUAAGGGAAUAGAGUUUGACUCAGUGAAAGAGGUGUUGCUGUCUCUGAAGAUGGUGAAGGCUAUGCACAACCUGCGCCUGUGGGCCCUGACGGCAGGACAAACCCUGGUCUCUGUCCACGUAGCCAUCGAGGAGAAUGCUGAUCCCCAGAGUGUCCUUAAGGAGGCUACAGAGAUCCUCCAAACCAAGUUUGGUUUCUACAGCACCACCAUCCAGGUGGAGCUCUACUCUGACGACAUGGCCUACUGCACACACUGCCAGGACCCUAUGGACUAACAGACACAGUCACCAUGGGGACGGGAGAGACACCAUUUUGAAAGGGAGCGGGCUGGGUUUGGGUUCUCCAAAGAGUUGCCAGUCAAUAUAAAGAACAUACACAAGCAUCAUUGAGGAUGUAAGCUAAGAGUGGAAACACUGUGGGAAAGCAUCACCAUGAAACCAAGAAACAUUUCUGAUCCAUCAUCAGCUUAACAGGACUCGAACAAAUGUACUAUGGUACUGUCUGUAUGUACACCAUAUCAUGCCAAAGAUUCCCAUAUAAAUACCAUUCAUUCAGGAGAUAUUGAUACUUCAGAAAAUGGACAGCUGCCACUUUUCAUUAGAAAACUAUCACAAGAAACUGCAUUUCAGGGAGGGAGACGGAGAGAUGAAAAUAUCAUGGUAAAUGUAUCAGCACAUGUUUUUAGUACUGUAUACAAUCACUUCACCAGUUUGUGCUGAUGUAGUGUGAUUUUAGACAGCUGUUUGGCUUUAGCAUUCCCUCGUUGGCACUGUGCAUUAGGGCAGCAGCACUGUGUAAUAACUUGUCUGAGUUCUUUGGAGUAAUACAUUGAUAUUGACGUGAGAACCUUAAAACCAAUUCUGUCUUACCCAGCCCUUUAUAUGUGCUUCAGCGAGGGUGUCUGCCAAAUGGAAGCAUUAUAUUGUUCAUAACUGAAUAGAGUUCCGGUUCAAAUAAUGGAUUACGUCAGUGUGAGAAAGCAUCCUACAAGCACACUCAUCUCACUCAGAGGAGGAAGCCUCAUGACUGGCCAGUUUACAAAAGGAGUUGGUCAAUUAGUUUUAGCAUUGUGGGCUGUAUUAAUCUAUGCCCCAGGAUAUGCCCUAAGCGGAGAUAGCAAAUAGACUGGCUAAUACUCAGACAGUGCUCUAUCCCUAAUUUGAAUCUCACUGAAGAUAGGCUACACUGGAAUGUGUUGAAAAUGUGUUGUUCAAUUAUCCUUUGAGUUGUACAGUUUCAUUGACAUCAUAGCCCCAGGCCGGAUGUUUUCUUGCACUGGUUUGGGAUGACACAGAAGAGAGGGGUCAGAUAACCAAAACCCAUCUCUAUACUCUCCCCUAUCUACACUCUCCAAAAGCACACCCAUACACCCUCCUCACCCACUCCCACACUGGCAUAGGCCUACAUGCCUUGUAGCUUUGCACAGGGUUUCUGUUUGUUGUACCAGUAGUUUGUUAGUUCCAUCCAGUGCCUCCACACUGCCUCAACCUUCCUAAAUUCUAGAGAGCCUCAGUCGGUCAGCUUUCUACUCCAUACAUGUCCCCUACCACCACAUGCAUGCACACACACGCAUCUCCUC